CUGCAGACAACUUUGUUUACGUUACUUGUUUACAUACUGUAGGCGUGACUCGGAAUAAAAUUUAGUUAAUAACAUCGCGUUGAAUAUUUAGCGGAACAACUACUUAAGCAUGCUAGUGUUAUCGGUGUUCGUUGGGGCAGAUUGUAUUUCGCGUAUGCAAAAAAAGUAGCUGGAGAUGGUAAAAACAUGUCUUAAUUCGUUGGUUACACGUGGACGAAUAUAUAUUUUAAGGUGAUUUUACAGUAUCUCCGGCGAAAUGUGCAUUUCCGUGCCGUGCAAUAGGAAAAGGGAAUUGAGGUUAUGUACGCCGUGUAGCUUUUCGCAACGUCGACGUGGUGGUUUGUGUGCUCCGACUGCGCAAUUGUUGGGGAAGGGUCUGGGAGGGAGGGCUGUUUAAAACCAACUGCUCUGGAGCGAUAACCGCGUCAGUGGUCUCGUCGCGAUGGAAGUGUCGCCCGCCGACUCUGCUACGCUGACGCUGGGCUUCGCGAUAGAAGAGGACAAACUGUUUGAAGGUGCCGGAAAAGUUUUGGAUGCUAUUAGGCCUGGUUGGCCCAAAGACCGCGUGAAUUACAAACUGUUCACAGAUGGCAUCACCAACAAGCUGGUGGGCUGCUUCUGCCAGGACCACCCGGAGGACGGCGUGCUGGUGCGAGUGUACGGCGAGAAGACGGACCUCCUGAUAGACCGCACCGCCGAGACCAGGAACAUCAAGAUGCUGCACCGGGCGGGUCACGCGCCGCGUCUCUGGGCCACCUUCGCCAACGGCCUGGCUUACGGGUACGUGGCCGGCGAGGUGCUGACGGCUGAGACGUGCCGCGACCCGGGGGUGUUCCCGCUCGUGGCACGGAGCCUGGCGCGCGUGCACCGCCUGGACUGCGGGCCAGCCGAGCCCCGCCGGCCCUGCCUCUGGGGCCAGGUCCGCCGCUUCCUGGACCUCGCGCCAGUGCGGUUCCCCGAUCCGCGCAGGCAGGCGCGGUUCGAAGAAACAAUUCCUUCGAGCGCCGUGCUGGAGAGAGAGUUUGCGCUGCUGCAGUCGAAGCUGUCCAGUAUUGGCAGCCCUGUGGUUUUCUGUCACAACGAUCUCCUCCUCGGAAACAUCAUCCACAACCCGAAGGAACAGAAAGUGACGUUCAUAGACUACGAGUAUGCGAGCUACAACUACCAGGCGUAUGACAUUGCCAACCAUUUUGCUGAAUUCGCAGGUGUGAGCGAGGUGGACUACUCGCGCUACCCGUCGCGGGAGUUCCAGGCGCGGUGGCUCCGGGUCUACCUGGAGGAGCUGGAGGGGGGCCGGCCGGUCCCGGAGGCAGCGGUCGACCGGCUCUGCUCCCAGGUCGACCAGUUCUGCCUGGCCGCGCACUUCUUCUGGGGCGCGUGGUCGCUCAUCCAGGCAGAGCACUCCACCAUCGACUUUGACUUCCUGGGGUAUGCUGCAAUACGCUUCAAGGAGUAUUUUGCACGGAAGGAUAAAUUGAAUGAUUCAGAAACGUGAUGACGUUUUCGCAAACAUUCCAGUUAGUCUUUAUGUGUUCAUAAGAAUCUUUAAAAUAAACCUAACAGUUUGUAUAGAAUAAUUUUGUUGGCUGAAGUGGUAAAACUUUUUCUGCUAGCUGUAUAAUUAUACUUUAAUAAGGAUACCAAAAAUUUAAAAAUGUUAUAACAGUACACAAACAUUUUAAUUAGUUUAUGAAUACUGGCAAUAACAAAUCUAGUUAUUUACAAAUGUAAAUAGGCGUUAUCUUAUAUCUUACUUAGUGAUGUUGGGUUGCUUCCCAUAGGGUUGAAAGGUUUACAAUACAGAACAGUUUUAAUGCUGUUAUCACCAAGAUGUUGAUACGCGUAAAUUAUUUUCCUGCUUAAGGUUAAUUAGUUAGAAUUUUAAUUAAGUAUUAGUUAAAAGAAUUUAAAGUGAGGCUCUGGUCUGUAAAGUUUAUUUUAAUUUUUACAGACAGUCUUAGUAGAUGUGUCUGCCUAAUGAGUUGUAAAAUUGUCUUGCUGCACAUUUUGAGCGUGUCAAGCAUCAGGGAAAACAGGUAAAGCCUGGAAUAGAAAGGAAACUUUGAAUGAAAUGUUGUAUUUGGAUUUAGUCUUUGUGUUUUUUCGCAAUGGUGUGUCUAGUGUAUUUGAGAAGAGCUGUACUUUUUGAUAAUUAAGACUGGUGGAGCCCCGGAGUGCAAUGUAAGAAAAAAUAUAUAUGCAUGUAUGUGUAUAUAUAUAUAUAUAUAUAUACACACAUAUAAUAUAUAUAUAUACAUAUAUUGCAUUCUUUCCAGGCUUCUUUAUUCCUGUCUAAACAGAUUUUUCGUUAAGUUAAAGAAUCCUCGAGUACGUUAACAACUACGGCAGUGACUGGAAGUUGCGUAAAAAUCGAGAUUUAUAUGUUUUUGUAGAAAUAUUAUAUAUGUUUUGGCCAGCAAAAGUUGUAAAACAUCUGGAGAAGUCACGGACGUUCCAGGGAAAUUGGGUUUUCGGGUUUUGCUGGACAUCCUGUUGACGUCAGGUUAGCUACGAGAUUGUCACACGGGGGCGUCGUAUUUCACGAGCCGGAACCUCCUUUCAGCCAUGCUGACCCUGCCCGAGACACGUACUACAUGUCGAAAAACAUGUAAAAAUAAAUAAAGUAAAAAAAAAACACAAUUUUAAAUUGAUGGGCUUAUGACUACAGAUUUCUCUAGGAUAAAGAGUCCUCCUGCCUUGAUGGGCUAGAACCAUUCUCGAUCCGAGAAUCAUAACUUCAUGAACGUUGCCUGCAGCGGGGAACUGUAAAAAAUAUCCCAGGUCAUUGCUUUCAGCAUGUAUGUAUGUAAUUUUUUUAACUGGUUGAUGAGUACGUAUAGGCCCUUACAAGAAUGUAAGUUGAGAAGAAAUUUUUAAACUUUACAAUAUUAUUAGUUGACAUUUAUUUUAUAUAAAGUUAAGGAAACGAGAAAUGUAAUGUAAUAGGUAACUAUUAUCCAUUUUAAAUUUGCUUGAUGUGGUCAUGGUGAAAAAAGCAGUUCAAUGUUAGCAUACUUAAAAUAAUUAUUUGUUAUUUAAAAAAUAAUAGUUGUAUAGAAAGUUAUUGAUACUGGAAAAAAAACAUUAAGAGGCUUUUCUACUUUUAAGAGAAAUUUAGACAUCUAUUAAAAAAUAUAUUGCGCAUUUAAUGUGAACAAUUUGUUAAAGCUUAGUCAGGACUUGAUUUUACAUAACCUUUAAGUUUUCCAAAAUUUUAUUAUAUGUCUGAGUUUUCUGUAUUAAAUGCAGAUAUUAUUGUUCCUGAAUAUUUUUCCUUACAAAUGAUUGGUGCUCUGAAAUCAAGUUUUGACUGUAGUCAUUUUAUUUUGGUGUAUAUUUCAUGCAAGUCAGAGAAAUAGUGGUGAAACACUAUUUUGCUCCAUUGUUUUAUAAAAAUAAUUAUGUAUAAAAAUGGCUGUGAAUUCUAUUAUUUUAUUGUGAGUAAAAUAAGACUUACGAUUUUUGAGAAAGGAAUUAAAAAUAAUUUUUAUCAAAUAUAGCUUUCUUUCAGGUUUUUAUAUCAAUUUUACAUAUGCAAGUUACAGUUGAAGCAUAAUAAAUUAUUUGUAGCUUCUUGCCUACUUUGAGAUUGUGGUGUGUUCUUAAAAAUAUCCUUACAUUCUUCCAUAAAAUUAUUUGUUUUAUUUAAUGCAUAUAUAGUAUGUGCAGGUGUCUCUUGAAAAGUGUUGUUUCAAGAAAUGUAAGAGUGUAGUAAGCCUUUUAAGUGUUAAUGCAUACAUCUGUUUAAUUUUUAGUUUAUAUUAAGUACUUGAGUUUAUAAACUCUUCUUUAAGUGUAUUCCAGGGUAUAUUUUACCUUAGUAAAAUCACCCUAACCUCUUUUUAAUUUUGAGGUAGCAAGGUUCAAAUAUUGUAAAACACUCAUCAAUUUUAUUUUAUUUAAGGUUAUAUCAUCUUAUACACAUACUUGCAUUUAUUUUGGUUAAAGUUAUGCUCAGAAUAAUUAAAAUUGUUUACCUUAAUACAGAUUCCUACAAUUUUUUUUUUUUAAUUUUAAACAGUCGCCAUAACAUUUUUUAAACAUUAUUAAACAUUCUGGAAGAUUCUGCUACAUUCUGAAACAUUGUACAAUCAUUCCUGAAAAAUUGUAUUACAUUCUGGAACAUUAUAGGUACAACAUUCCUGAACAUUCUCGAACAUUCAGGAACAUUCUUGCCAGUCUCUGUGCCACUUCGGCAUUCAAUUCCCAGCUGCUUCACCGACUUCCCAUAAGCAAGGGCUGCGCCAGGGGGGGGGGGAGGGGGGGGGGUAGGGGGGGGUAAGCUGCCCCCCCCCCCCCUAGAGCCCUAGAGAUUCAAAAAAAUGUAGCCAAAUGCAAAAAAAAUAAAUAAAUACUUUUCCCGCAACUUCCCCCCCCCCCCUCCCCGGGCCAUCAGCUGGCGACGCCCUUGCCCAUGAGUCCAUUAGUGCGAUGCCUUCUUUGGACACCCACAUUUUCGAACCCAAACCUCUGCAGUUCCAAACACGAAACCUUCUUCCUGGAUGGGGAAUGGAGGACUAACGUACCAUACAACCUGCUGCGGGGGUGGGUUGCACAGAUAUGGUGGUAGGCAGGUAGGUUUUUGGAAAACUAUCGUGAUUAUUUAGUCUUUUCGUUUUUGAUGUGUUUUUGUCUCGUUUCAACUGUUGUGCUGAAUUUUUUUUUUUUGGGUUAAAUAUUUUUGUGCUGUAAUCAUUUGUGGGAAUUAUUUCGUUCUGUUAGUCCAUUUUUCUUUGUUUUUCUUUGUUUGUUGACCAUAUUCCUGCUAUGUAAUAUUAUGUGGUGUUUAUAUCCUGUUGACAACAGCAAUUUUUUGCUUAAUUUGUGUUUUUGUCUUUUGUGUUUUUUUGUAGUUUUCUUCUGCAGACAUACAUGUGCUUAGCAAUGGCGUAUGUCCAAAAGCUUACAUCAAGUCAUGCACUCCCAUUGCACAAAUAUUUCAAAGAUAAUAGGCAGGGAUUAACCAAGCUUAAACUUAUUAUAUAUAAUGGUGUAUUACUUUUCACCAUAUUCUAGGCAUCAGAUAUGUAAAGUAUUAAUUUAAGUGACAUUGGAAGUCAAAAAUUUUGGUGGAAUAAUUUAUCUGCCCAAACUUAAAUGGUUGGUUAUUGACAAAACUAUCUUUAUAUAUUGGUGAAUAAUAUAAAGAGAAAAAAAUUGUUUUAUUCACUGUAAAGAAGUCUGCAGUUUUAUUUAUUCAGAAUUGAUACUUUUGUUAAUAUUAUGUAGUUGUUACCAUUAAACCUCAUUUUGAGGAGCAAAGAUAAUGAUGAGACUGUUGUUUUACCCUUGUAAUUAUUGUACAUGUACUGUUUUGUUGAAUAUGCCAAAUAUAUUAUUUUAAUUUA